AAUUUAAAGGUGAAUAACCUCUUUAAUAUGUAGGGGGAAAGGCAAUAUUGUCUUCACCCUCUGAAGGCCCCAUUGUAGAAUGAAAAAAAAAAUAAGUCUAAUAAAUAAGUGUAUGAAAAUAUGACCAUUAAGGGGAAAAAUGCAGUUGUGAAUUCAUGUUUGACCCAAGCUGUUAGAGGAAUGUGGGAGUUGCUUGCCUGGGGUGGAAACAAAGUCUGAACUCUAAAGUUGCUAGGCAAAUACCAAUAGUAUGCAGCCAGCAAUGUGAUGCGUAUACAUGACAAAAAGAAUUAGUAAAAAAGAGAAUACACUGAAAAAAGGCUUAUAGCAACUAGGAAAAAAGGGGGAAAAGGCAUAGGAAGAGGCACACCAACUGGGAAAAUAUAAAGUGCUUAUUGGAAAGAAGUAGAACAGUCUUCAUGAGCCUUUUGUCCCAGCUCUGCUCAUUUGCCUUUGGGUGUAAUGUCUUCACACUGGGCAUUAUCUGCACCCUGUGUCUUCUGCUGCUGGAUUACAUGAAGCGCAGGAAACCCUGCAGAAAUUUCCCUCCCAGCCCUCCCUCUUGGCCCUUUAUGGGGAAUAUAUUGCAGUUGGACUUUUCAAGCCUCCAUAACAACUAUAAAGAGUUAGCGAAACAAUAUGGAGAUGUAUUCAGCCUGAAGUUCUUUUGGCAAAACGUGGUGGUGCUGAAUGGGUAUGAGGCAAUCAAGGAAGCUCUGCUCCAGAAGUCUGAGGAUUUUGCUGAUCGGCCCCCAUUUGCCCUGUAUGAAUCCAUUGGCUUCAAUGGAAAUAACAAAGCUAUAGUGUUAGCAAAUUACGGCAAAGGUUGGAAAGACGUAAGAAGAUUUACCUUGUCUACGCUGAGGGAUUUUGGAAUGGGAAAAAAAUCCCUGGAGGAGAAAGUGAGGGAAGAAGCUGGUUACCUGUGUGCGGCAUUCCAGUCUGAGCAAGGGCAUUUAUUUGAGCCACAUUAUAAACUGAAUACUGCAGUUGGCAACGUCAUUUGCUCCAUUAUGUUUGGUGAUCGGUUUGAUUAUGACGAUUUCAUGUUCCAAAAACUGGUAAAUCUGAUUCAGGAAAUCUUACAAGCUGAAUCUGGAACUAUGGCCCAGUUUACUACCACAUUUCCUUGGCUAACGAAACUUCCAGGCCUGACGAAACUGGUUUUUCGGCCUCAGAUAGAUAUGCUUGAAUAUCUACAGAAAAUCAUCUCUGAGCAUCAGCAAACAUGGGAUCCUGCAUGCACAAGGGAUUUUAUAGAUGCCUUCAUGCUUGAAAUAGAAAAGGCAAAAGGAGACAAAGACAGUCAUUUCAAUGAGAAGAAUCUGUUGCUUACAACAUUUGACUUGUUUACGGCUGGAUCAGAAACUACAACCACCACUCUGAGAUGGGGUCUACUGUACAUGUUGCAAUACCCAGAUGUCCAGAGAAAGGCUCAAGAGGAAAUAGACCAAGUGAUUGGAAGAAGCAGGAAGCCUACAAUGGCAGAUGUGUUGCAAAUGCCGUAUAUGAAUGCGGUAAUCCAUGAGAUCCAACGUUGCGCGGAUAUUGUCCCUCUGUCUGUUCCUCAUAUGACAUACAGAAACACGGAAGUUAAAGGAUUUUCUAUACCAAAGGGAGUUGUUGUCUUCCCCAUCCUGUCAUCAGUGCUUAAAGAUGAGAAGAUCUGGGAGAAGCCUUUCCAGUUUUAUCCAGAGCAUUUCCUUGAUUCGGAUGGCAAAUUUGUGAGACGAGAAGCAUUUUUACCAUUUUCUGCAGGUCGCCGAGUUUGUCCAGGAGAGCAGUUGGCCAGGAUGGAACUUUUCCUUUUCUUCACUUCUCUCCUGCAGCGCUUCUCCUUUCAGAUCCCUGAUGGCCACCCUUGCCCACAGGAUGAUCCUCUUGUUUUUGGACUGCAGAGCCCGCACCCUUAUAAACUCUGUGCAAAGAUUAGAUAGAUUAAACUGCAUUAUAUAUCUAAUAUCAAAUUAAAUACUCAACAUGCCUAUAUGGGAAAUGGACCUUAUAUAUAACUUAAUAUGAAUUUUUCCAAUUUCAGACUGGAUGCUAACAGAAUAAAGCGACAAGAUAUUAAUAAACCAUUAAACACAUAAUAUAAAAAGUAACACAGCAAAGUUGCUGUGAUUUAUUCCAUUAACAUUGUACUGGGCCAAAGCUGGGCUUCAAGCUCUAGUGGGCUCAGAUCUGAGACAACUGUCAUUAUCUCUACAUAACCUCUAUACCACUUGGCAUUGUCUCCAUUUAAACAUUGUGAGAAUGGACGUUUAAUGGAACAGUAACGUCAAAAAAUAAAAGUG